AUGAAGCUUUCCGAAGUAAUUAUGGUACCGGCGGCCGAAGGAAACGGGGCAGUUCAUGGAAAAAGAGGAUUGUUCGUUGAUGGACAAUACCAUGAAAAUGCUACUAAAGGAGCAAGAGCCAUCAUGAAAUUGGUGAAAGCCAAAUUUAAUGAUGUGCAAUUGGGAAUUUGGAAAAGUUUACCUAUGGCUGGACAAGUGAUCAAUUCACCAGUAAUAGAUCAUGUGUUGAGCUUCCAUUGGCUAAAAAGGGCCAAAGUUGGGAGACUCGUUUUUCGAAAUUGCAUAGCGGCACAGGAAGGUGCGCUAAAUGCAGCUGAAUUGUUCCGAAAGGGACAAACUGAAGCAGAUGUUAAGUGCAGGAGAUGUCAUGCAGCGCGCGAAAGCGUGCAGCAUAUUCUCUCAGGAUGCCCGGUCUAUAGGACUGGGCUCAUGCUGGAACGCCACAAUAAUGUGGUGAAUCGGUUGCAUGCAACGUUCAGCCGAAGAUUCGGCUUGCAGCAAGUAGCGCAUAACCAGCCAGUCCCUGCGGUUAUGGAAAACGACUCAGCAAAGAUCUAUUAUGAUGUGCACCUGUUUACACGGAAUGUGAGAGCAACCCUGCAAGGGGUUGAUAAGACGAUGAGAUACGAAGGUCUACGUCACGAUAGACCAGAUUUGGUUAUAUUUGAUAAAACCACGGGGAAAAUCCAUGUCGUAGAGGUAUGCGUGGCUUGGUAUGAAAACCUGGUAAAACAGGAUCAAAUCAAGUACCACAAGUAUGCCACGAAUUCUGAGAUUGAAGACGUGACAGUUCUAGCUGACCCGAUCACUAGAACACACGGAUACAAUAUUAGAGCACUUUUGGGGGAACUAUACGGAAAGGAAUUUAAAGCUGGAGUAUCAGUGACCCCAAUUGUGAUUGGAACUUGUGGUGAAGUAUUACCAAAUAUCGUUGAGCGGCUAGGGGAGUUGAACAUAAAGGGAAAGUCCGCCCUUGAACUCCUCGAUAAGAUGCAGCUUGGAGCCAUUCACGGCUCAGACAGGCUAAUUCGAGCACACUUGUCGUUGUCUCGCUGA